AGUCCCCUAGUAGCGUAGCCAAUCAAAAUGCAGGAUUUGCAUUAGUCCACUAGUUGGGUGAUACUAAUACAUAAUAGCUUUAAUCCUCGAAUAUACGCGCAAAUCAUAUCCCCUACCGAGAGGUGGUACAAAGAGUAAAGUGCUUGUGAAUGGAUCCCCUCCCCUGGGUUGUAGUAAGAUCUGCCGUAAUUGUUUUGUUUUGAGAGCUUCUGCCUGAGAGACCGGAGCAGACUUGGAAAUGAAGAUCGGCCGAUUUCGCUUAAAAUUGGUACACAAAGUCGUUAUGUGGACUUAUGUAAUAUGCCAAAGUUUCAGGUUCAACGACUCUCUUUUAGCCGAGUUCUGGAUAUCAGCCCCUCAAGGGGUCCCCAGAGGCUGAUUUUCAGUGUAAUUUUGGCCAGUUUUCAAUCUCUUUUAGCAACGUGCAACUGAUUUCAGACAAAACCAAAACCAUAUUUGUAAUGCACUAUUCUUAGGCGUUUCUGGGUGAAAACAUUAGCUCACGGAAAUUUUUCGUCAGCCCGUGGCUGUUAUUACAACUUGGUCCUAUUUGAGAAACAUGGGAAGCAACCGGAAAUGGCCUGUUUUUCAGACCGCAUAUUUUCCAUGCCCAAGUUUUACAUUGUGAAGUCUUAGUAUCCCUGCAAAGUUCAGCCCUUAGUUUAGUGAUAUCAAGAAAAAAAAUACCAAGGUUGAGUCUCUUUUAGCAAGAAAAAACUUACAAGAAAAUAACUAACCAGGCCACUUUCGGUUAAAGUUUCAACAAAGCGUGUCUGUAAAAAUCAGCCAUUUAAUUUCGAUUAAUACCUUUUUUUUUUUUUCUAAGUCAUGAAUCAGAGACUCUGAAGUUAAUUGUAACCGAAAAGACUUACCGUUAAUCAAACCUUUCCAUGUGAUUUUUGAGGACCGAUCAGAUUUUGGUUAUAAACGGUUAUAAAUUUUGUGGAAGAAGUCUUGAAAAUUACAGAUAAAGGGUCACUGUGAAAAAAACAUAUACAUACCUAACAAUCCAUCUCUUGCCGGUUAAUCACAAUGCACCAUUACAUCUUUUUUGGUCCAAACUGCAAUAUUAAGUUUAUUCAACCCGUUCAGCGAAACAAGUCUGUGGCCCCGAGUAAUGAAGCGCUAAUUAAAUCAGGAAAUAAGCCACCAAGCUUUGUGAACCCAUUUCGCAUCAUAACCCACUUGUCACUCUAAAUGCAAUUACAACGUCUCUCGUAACAGUACUUUAAAAUCGCCUUGAACCUUAAGAAAAUUUGAAAUAUAAUUAUAGCUAAUUGUCUAAUACAAAAUGCCGUCUCGCUCUUCGAGUCCAUAUGCAAAGUGUCUGGAUAAAUUUACUUACUAUAAACGCAUACCUGGCUUCAGGUUUAGAGGCAUGCCCCUUUCUUAUAAUUCCUUAAAAGUGAAGCAACGUUAAAAACCUUAGCCUCAGCGAUAAAUUGGUCGCGAAUGCGUUGUUGCGAGUAAUGAAAAUUCAGUUUGAUUCAUACCGUACAUUACGACGCUACGACAGGCCAACUUAUCUGUAGUUUGCUGGUUAUGAUUGACUUGGAAUUCAAUUUUUUCUCGUCUAGAUUCGUCUCCUUGAUACUGCAGAGAAUAAUUAGGUAUAGAACUUGCUUGAGAACCUAAAGAACGAAUGGAUAUGUUACUGAAUGUUUAUUCAUACCCAGUCCCCCAGUGCAAACGGCCUAGGUAUUAUAAAUUGACGACGUUCAAGACGGUCCGUUUUCUCCGCCAAGUCGCUGAAUGUCUGACCAAAUUACCAGAAAAUUACUCAUUGGCACACUUUCCCUUUCUCUAUCGGGAUUUCCCUUUUGUUGCUUUCUCAGUCAGUACAGAUCCAGCCUAAUUCGGUGUACUGCGUAUAUCCAAAGAUAAGACAGGGUAGGAGUGGAUUUCCCUUCAAAAACUACUGCUCAUGGCACCCCUAGCUGUAGAAUUGCUGGCCUUUAACUCCGAUUUCCAUAGGAAGAAGCGAUAAUCCCCAGGAUUACCAGUAUGCUUGCUGAGGUGGUAAGGUAAGUCGUCACAUGGCCCAGUGCCUCAUACCUGCUGGAGCUUAAAUUGGUUAUUGCUCUUCUUCCCUGAACAGGAUGACAAUCACCGGCUCCCAUUUAUACAUCUGGGUGGAGAGAGGCAUUGUGAACGAAAAUUGCCUUUCCCAAGACGACAUGGCAGCGCCCUAGUAACCAGGAGUGCUCGAUCCGGAGUCCAGCCCGCUAACCAUUAGGUCGCGACCGUGCUAUGCGCUAGGCAGUAGCCAGUUUUGUAUAGAAUCCGACUGCGUUACUACGUUACAGGUUUACUUCAGUCUGUCGUAAAUUGAUGAAAUGCAACUGCGAAAUAAAUAUAUGGCCAGCACGUGGACAUCUUGCAGGCUGGAUUGUUAUUUACAAGAAAAGAAACUAUCUGCGAUCAAUUAAUUAAAGUUAUUAAAUCUAUUCAGUCUGUAAGUGAAUUUGUUUCGUUUGAGUGUGCUUCAAAGGCAGAGCAUAUUAAAUGUUGUUUCACUUGAAAAGUCGAAAGGGCUUGGAGAUGAAUUAAGUAAUUUUACACGCCCAAUAUUAAAUCACAGCGGAGACGCUUUGCGUGUCAUGCCCAAACAAUGUAAUCUGCAGGCGAAAAUAGGAAGUAAUUUAGCCCCCUAUCGUAUCACGAGGCUUACUUACUUACAAUCUCUAUCAUAACGAUGGUAUUCGUAUUUAGAAUCGACACCAAAGAGAAGCAAAGACCGAAGCUUGAAGGAAAGCACCUCUGGGUGUGUCGUAGUUAAGUCGAAAAUUACAGUACCACUAGUCACACAAGGCAUUUGUGAUCUUCUGGCAGGGAGAAGGAGAAAAAAAAAACUCAAGGUUUAAAAUUCUAAUAAUGGUGAAUAAUGAAGCUAUGAAGGCACUUGACGUUAGAAUCUCAUAAAUUCCAAAACAUCCAUCAUAUUGAAUCCAACAGUCUGGAUUUCAUCACUAUUCUAUGAAGUCAAAAUAUCGUUUUUGCCAAUUAUAGCAAAAUUAAAAGAGAAGAGAAAGGGUACUAAAGGAAUGAAAAGGUGCAAAAAACUAUGUUUGUCCAAAGAAACUUGAAAACGUCAAUAAAAACAGGGAAUGAGAUGAGAAAACUUAAACUUAGGGUAAUUAUGCCUGACAAAACAAGAUUGCCAUGGAAACAAGGCAGAGUCCCAUAAAUAAGACUUUUUUGGGCUCAGCUUUUCCCACCUAACUUAUACACUCAGUAAACAACUUGUUUCAUUGUAUUUUGAUUACUUUUCUUGUUAUAUUUAUCAACGUUUAAAGUUUCCCCCUCAUCACCUUCCACUCCCUAGGGUACAGGGUACAAAAGCUGCAUAAAAUUUAGUUUCAAAUCUGUCAGUAGGAAAAUUAAUUUCUAGUCUAUGGUUUGAAAAUAUAUAUUUCCUUUUGAUAAUUCACUUCGAGAUCGUUAAUUGUACGUUAAUUUUGCGGCUAAUGUCUAAAAAUCUCUCCUAAUAAGGAAUUAAGACUUUGGAAAGAAGUGCGUAGUAGGUAAUUUCUCUUUAAGUGUUUCGUAGUAAAAAAGCCUCAACCUUAGUAUUUUUUUCUUGAUAUUACUAAACUAACGGCUGAACUUUGCAGGGAUACUAAGACUUCACGAUAUAAAACAUGGGCAUGGAAAAUAUGUGGUCUGAAAAACAGGCCAUUUCCGGUUGCCUCCCAUAUGCUUCAGACAGGACCAAAUUGUGAUAACAGCCACGGGCUAACGAAAAAUUCCCGUGAUCUAAUGUUUCUACCCAUAGAAGCCUAAAAAUAGGGCAUUACAAAUAUGGUUUUUUUUUUGUCUGAAAUAAAUUGUACGUUGCUAAAGGAGAGAUUGAAAAUUGGCCAAAAUUGCACUGAAAAUCAGCGUCUGGGGACCCCUUGAGAGGCUGAUGUCCAGAACUCGGCUAAAAGAAGGUCGUUGAACCUGAAACUUUGCCAUAUUGCAUAAGUCCACAUAACAACCUUGUGUACCAACUUUAAGCGAAAACCGGCCGACCUUCAUUUCCAAGUCUGCCCCGGUGUCUCAGGCAGAAGUUCUUAAAUGGGUAGCACUCGGCCUACACUAAAAGAUCUUAUUAUAUGGCUGAGCUGGUUCGCUUUGAAAAGGAGAAUUAUGAGUGAUCCGAAUUUUAAUUGCAACACAGACCGCUAAGAUGGACCGCUCACAAAUUAGUUGCGGCAAAUUGCUUUUUCAGUUCAUUGCACAAAAUAAACGGCUUUUUGUUAAGUGGGAAUCUUUUUCACUUUUAUGUUUGGAGGACAACUCCAGUUAAAUGCUGAUGAAAGCGACGUGAGAAAUGUACAUACAUGCUUGCCUUUCGCGCUCGCGUUUCCUGGGAGUGGAUUACGGAAAAAGCCCAUCAAUUUAUGAGCAGAUUAAAAUAGCCAUACUUUUAAUCUGCUGAUAUUUUAAUUAGCUUACGUGAUCCAUUCCAAGUAAACGCGCUUUUUUUUUUAAGUCGGAAUAAUAUGAGUGAAACUGUGACGGAUAACGUUAACUUGAGUACAAAAUAUUUUAUAGAGUUGAGACUCGGACACGCUCAUUAAUUAAUCGUCUAUAAAAUUUCAAAGUCUUGACUUCCUUAUAUUUUUGUGGCGUGACAAUCAAAACCAGGAAUAUCAAAUGACCUGGAAAAACAGUUGACAAAACCAAAUUUCACUGAGGAAUAAGCGAAACACUAGCUACUGAAAGUUUCGUAAUCACAAAGUAAUCCUUUGCUAACAAAAACUAUUUUAAAACAUCUGAGAGCUGUAUCCAAUUCGUCGCCUCUCCCACCGUAUGUUCAUCUGGGUAUUCAUUAGAUUUUAGUCUGCUGGCAGUCGGUCUUUUCAGCUAGGGUCAGACGAUUGUUUAUCGGUGAACACGAACGAAAAAGGGUGGUGUGGGCGAAAAAGGGGUUGAGAGCAAGUCUGAAUGUCUCGCCUCAUAAUCCCUGACAGAUUUCGAGAGAAAACAGGCUUCCAGCAGUCUAAUUAGAUUUUUUCCCCACAGUACUUCUGUUUUUGUUUUCUCCAAUAAAACGGGCAAUAAAAUGUUAUCGUCAGAAACUGGAACAAACCUUCCAGAAGUCUCCAUUUCAUGGAUAAAACUAGAAAGCGAGCGUUCUUGUCACAAUAGACGUCAGUAUUGUAAAACACGCAACCUGCUAAGUCUUCAGACCCUUUAAGCAAUUUGUAAGGAAAUAUUUGAAGCGAUAUUAUUACCUAUAUAAAUGACUGUUCGUUAACGAUCAUUGGUCAGUUGUGGGCGUUUUAGUGAAUUUCUAAUCGCUUGUUGUUAGUCAAAUAAGUCGCUCUGUUUGAAUUCCGUUCGUUGGUUUUGUUAAUGACUAGCUCUAGUGACGUGAUACACACACUUAGGUGAAAUAACGAACACACCGCAGACAGGACGAUGUUGAACACGUUGUAAUCAUUUUCGUGACACAAUAGGUUACUAUAGCAACAAUAUGACCUGCUACAAACACCCUUAAUUCUAGCUUUCAUCAUCAUCUAUCUUAUCUGUGCCUAGGUGGCACAUAGCGCUUCAGCGAUUCUUUGCCACUCGCUCCGGUUGACAGCCACUUGGCAAGCCUCCUUCAAACUCUUCCAUUCCGACUCCUCACUCCGUUCCUUCUCAGCCAUUCUUCAGUCGUUCUUGGCCUUCCAACAUGUUUCCUCCCCAUGGGAAGCCAGCUCAAUGCUAUUCUAGAAUCGUCGCCGGGCGGCAUCCUCAAAACAUGACCAAUCCAUCAAGAUCGCUCUUCUUAACUUUCUUGCUGACUGAGGGAACUCCAGACCUCUUGUAGAGGUCUCGUUUGAGAUGUGCUCUGCUUGGCACCACACUCCCAAGAUCCGUCUCAGACACCUGUUCUGAAAUGCGUCCAGCAUCUUUUGCUCCUUCUUGUUCAUUUUCCAGUUCUCAGCUCCAUACAGCAAGACAGACUUUACAUUUGAAUUGAACAGGGGACAGUGAAUUCUUUUUUAUAUUAACAAAUUUUGGCAAGCAGAACAAUACGCAACUUUUGGUAAAGUUUGAAACAAUCUGUACCUGGGUUUCAGGGCCACCUUAAAUUUUUGAAUUUUUUUCAUUCACUUUUUCAUUCACUUUUGCAAAAUAAUUCCAUUUCCUUCUCUAGAUCUAAGCAAAAUCAUGCGGAAGAGUAAUCAGAUUCUUUGAACAACAAAGCAACGCAUUGAAUAGCAUUGCAAUUCAAUUAUCGAGACACUUUGUUAAUGCCAUGAACAAAACUUGAAGCCUGUGUAGCUUGUGGAUCAUCUCAAGCAGUGGUAAAAUGAUAGGGGCAAUACCUCGAAGGCGAGCGUAUACUUUUUUCAGAUGUGCCAGCAUUCUAGCUACUCACUUCACCGGAUUUCAAAGGUUAUAUUUUGCUGUCUUACGACAUGAACCUAAACGGGAGUUACCAACGAGAAAAAAGUUGUAUGUUUGUUUGUCACAAACAAACACUAACCACUUACCUUAUUUGCGUUUUCUUUCUAUUUCCUAACAGACAGCCUACGAAGAGAUGAAGGAAACAAAAGAAGCAGUACUUGCGUUGUUUAAGGUCAUAACUAAAAAUAUGAUCGACCGUGCUCCAGAAAUGGGCGAAAAAUAUGCCUCAAGAGCAAAGAGAGGGCACCUGCCGUACGAAAUUCCUUUCAGCGCAGUACCAUACAGCCCGGAAUUGGAGUACCCCAUGGAUGUCUUUGAUGCUCUUGUGCUUUCUUUGAAAGAGAACGCACACAAAUGCGACCUCCAGUCCCUGGAACAAGGUGUAAAGAGAAAAAUUACGGAUAAGUGGCGGCAAUGGCACAGUAAAGAAAGUUCAUGUAAAUUCUCACCCUCCGAUUAUUUGUUAACCCAACUCAGUGGUUACGUCAAGGCGUGCAUCCGACUAACGUGGCGAAUGGUUACCCAGGCUCCACCCAUGCAACUUGAGUACCAGUCCUCCACAUUAAAGGAUAUUCACAUAAAUCGUGGAUAUCACAGCAGUCCAGAAAUGUGUACACGUCUCCCUACAAAUGAAGGACAAGCCUCAGACGAGAAGCAGGAGAUUGCCUGUUACCUAUGGCCUGCCUUGCUAGAUGGAGGAGGAAAACUUAUUCGUGCAGGGGAAGUUCUUUGUAAGGUGAAGGAGGAGAUUACAAUGAUCUAGAAACUGCUAGUUGUUUAGGCAUGGC